AUGGAAGAAUUCGAGAAGGGGCCAGACCACGCGGACGAGACACAUGCCUUUGUGACUGAGCUGCUCCGGAUGGGCGUCUUCCCCAUGUGGUCGGGACAUGGUACUCUUUGGAGAGGUAGUCGAGGACUGCUGGUUGCCCAGAUUGAGUCUCAGUGGACUGGAGACCUGUCGGCCCUACUCCAUUGGUGUACUCGUCGUCUCCCCACCUCGCGCCACGACAGUAAGGAUCUGCUGCCUAUGGCACUGAAAUUGGGCCCUCUCAGCAUGGCACCUCUCAAUAUGGAGCCACUGACUAUGGUGCUGGUCAGUAUGGCGCUGGUCACCCUUCAGUCUGGAUCUCAGCAGCAAGGAAUUCGCCCCAUUUUGACCCAGCGGACCAGAACUGCUCAAGUUAAUACUUCAUCCAUCAGAGCUCCUCAAGUCAGAGCUCCCAAGGUCGAGCUUUUCCGAAUCGAUACAUUUAACGCCAGCGACGACAUUGCCGCCAGCAACGUCGUCGCCAACAACCCACUUAGCGCCAGCCAUGACAUCGCCGCCAGCGAUGUCGUGACUGGUAGCCUUGUGAUGGUAACUUUCGACGACAUCGCCGCCAGCAACGUCGUCGCCAAUAACCCAGUUAACGCCAACGUCAUCGCCGCCAGCAAUGUCGUUGGCACUAACCCGGGUAACGCCAUCAACACCAACAUUACCAGCACCAGUGUCGCGGACACUAAUGACGUCGACACCAACUCCUACAACACCGACGUCCGCAACCCUGAUAUCAACGUCAAUGAACUCGAGUUUUGA